AUGCUCACGCGGUACAGCGUCUACUUACUGCAGAAGAGGAGAGAGAGCACGUGCCAGAUCCAGCUCCCGCGCCUCCAACCCACGCUGAGCACAGCCUUUGGCUCGGCCUUCCAACAUGGCUGCAACAUCGCUGUGGUUAACACGCCGCACAAGGUCUUGAAGUCCUUUUAUAAUGAAACCUACUUUCAGCAACACGGAGCCUUCAUGGAUGAGAAAGUCAUGGUGCUGCUGUGGUCCUGCACCAUGUCCAUGUCUCCUCUGGGCAUCUUGAUGGGGUCCCUGCUUAUUGGCCUGCUGGUUGACAAAUGUGGCAGAAAGGGAACACUGCUGAUCGACAAUGUCUUCCUGCCAUCCCGAAGGGAGUCAGCAAAGUGAGCAAAGCUUCCGAGCUGAUCUCGAGUGGCGCUGGGAGUCUGUGCAGGCAUCUCCUACAGUGCCCUUCCCAUGCACCUGGGAGAGUUAACUCCCAAGAACCUUAGGGGUGCUCUGGGAACAAUGACAGAGGUGUUUGUCAUCGUGGGGAUCUUCCUAGCACAGAUCUUCAGCCUGCAAGCCAUCCUGGGCAACCGUACAUGCUGGCCUGUGCGCUUGGUACUCACGGGGGUCCCCACACUGCUUUGGCUCCCCUCUCUGCCCUUCUUCCCUGAGAGCCCGAGGUCCACCCUGAUUCAGAAAAGAGAUGAAGUUCGACAAGCUCUGCGGAAGCUGAGAGGCUGGGCAGAUGUGGAGGACGAGAUGGAAGAAAUGCGCGUGGGACAGGCCGAGAGGGCCGAGGGCCGCCUGUCCGUGCUCAGCCUCUUCACGUUUCCGCCUGUCCGCCGGCAGCUGGUCUCCAUCAUCGUGCCCAUGGCCGGCCAGCAGCUCUCCAGGGUCAACGCGGUCACCUACUACGCGGACAUGAUCUACACCUCCUCGGCUGGCAUGGAGGCAGCUCAUUCCCAGUAAGUAACAGUGGGUGCCAGCAUGGUCAACAUAGUGAUGACCGUCAUCUUGGCAGGCGCCGUCGAGCGGCUGGGUAGGCGGCGCCUCCUGCUGGUCGGCUACGGCAUCCGCGUCUCGGCGCUGCGCUUCCAGAGCACGGUCCCUGAGCUGUCUUACCUUGGCAUCAUCUGUGUCUUCGCCUACAUCACAGGACAUUCCAUCGGGCCCAGUCCCGUGCCCUCCGUGGUGAGGACGGCGAUCUUCCUGCAGUCCUCGCUGGACGGGGCCGUGCUCGGGCUCACCAGCGUCAUCGUGGGCUUCGUGUUCCCGUCCGUCCAGGAGGUCAGUGGUGCCUACAGCUUCAUUAUCUUUGCCAGAAUCUGCCUCCUCACUGCUGUUUACAUCUACGUGGUCAUUCCUGAGACCAAGGGCCGAACAUUUAUGGAGAUAAAGCGAAUUUUUGCCCAGAGAAACAGAGUGGAGUUUCUGGAGAAGAAAGAAGAAAUCACAGAUGCUGGGCCUCACGUACCGUCUCUGCCUGCCAGGGAGACUUCCUUUUAGUGGCUCAACU